AUGGCACCCGAAGCGCCGCCAAAGACGAAGAAGUCUAAAGCAACGCCGAAAACAGUCGCCGACUUCACCGUUCUUCCCCUCACAUUACCCACACUGUCUGGUCUGCCAGCGCACUGCAACGAUGCAAAGCAUUACGUCUACGUCAAACCGCACGCACCCAGCAUACCCACUGCCGACGACGAGCGCAGCCUCUUUAUCGCAAACGUACCCGUCGACGCAUCCGAGCGCAACAUCCGCGCGCUCUUCCAGGAACAAUUAGGCGGCUCCAUGGUCGAGCGCGUCGAGUUCGAUGCCUCGGUCCCCGCGCAACCAAUGCACAAGCGCUGGAAGAGCGAUAAGCCUACGACGCAAGACGACUCAGCUACCUCGAGAGGCAAGAAGAGGAAGAGGACCGAUGACGCGGCGGUGAUAGCAGAGGGUGUGGUGGAAGACGCCGAGAGCGCGCUACCACGGUUAUGGAACAGCGAAGUGCGUAAGAGCGGGAGCGGCGCCGUCGUCGUCUUCGUAGACAAAAAGAGCGCCAGGGGAGCUCUGAAGGAGAUCCAAAAGGCCGUAAAAGAAGGCAGAAGCAUAUCCUGGAAGGGAGGAGAAGGACUAGGCGUUGAGCGCUACAAAUCCCACAACACCCUCAUCUACCCAACCCCCACCCUCCUCCAAGCCUCGCUAAACGCCUACCUCACCCAAUUCAACGCUCUCGAAACAGCGCGAAACCGCAUCCGCAAGACAUCGCGCUCUGUUCCUGACGAGGAAGGCUUCAUGACGGUUACAAGAGGCGGUCGUGUUGGGCCUGCUAGGUUGGAAGAGGCGGAGAAGAAGAAGGCUGAGUUGGAUGAGCGGAAAAGGAAUCACAGGGCUACCGAUGACUUUUAUAGGUUCCAGAAUAGGGAGAGGAGGAAGGAGGCUGAGGGGUUGCUGAAGAGGAAGUUUGAGGAGGAUAGGCGGAGGGUCGAGGGUAUGAGGGAGAGGAGGGGGAGGGUUAGGCCGGAGACGUGA